AUGGAAUACACGUUUAAAUUUUACAAACACAAACAUUUGAUGCGAUUGAAAGAUAAGUGCAAAUUUGUUGAUGAGUAUGUAGUUUAUGCUUUAAAUAAUAUUGCUCAGAAUAAAGAGGAGUCAUAUGAGAUCCAAAGGAAUAGCUGCCUGUCUAAAUCAGCUUACUCCGAAAUAAUUAACACAGUUCAGUAUUCAUCUAUUUGUAUAACAAUAUUUGAAAAAAGGAAAAUUGAUAAUGAAAAGGAGAAGAAUAUUUUGGGUAUUGCUUCUCUUGAUUAUGAGCUGUCUUCAUCCUAUAAAAAAGAUAUUGUAAAAAAUAAGGAGUUUAUUUUAGAAGAUUUCUAUUACUCCUUAUCAUUGCAUAUAAAGAAGCAUAAUAUCAUAUCAAAUGUUAAUAGUAAUAAUACGCUAAUAGUAAAUUUGCUGUUAACUGAUCAUGUGAGUUAUUAUGAUUCUCUCUUUUCAUAUUUGUUUCGUUCGUUUGAGGAUUUAGUAUUCAUAUUAGUAUUUUUAAAAGAUAACAAUUUAACACUGAAAGAAGAGUUAUUACAUACUACUCAUGGGAUAGUAGUAGAUCUAGAAAACGAUCUACUACUAAAAAGUGAGUACAAACAUCUUUUCCUGCUAAAUAAAUACUCAUAUGUUAGUAAAAUUUUCCUGCGUUUAACUUGUAGUUCUGAUAUAUAUGAUUUACAUGAACUGUUUAAGAGAUAUUCCCGACAAGAUGUAGAGGAAACAAAUCACUAUCUUAUCUAUGAUAUUAUUGAAAAAAAAAAAAAAGAUGAUAUAUUAUUAACAGUACUAAAUAGUAAGAAAAAAAUCAUAGGGUUUAUAUGGUUAAAGAAAAAUAUAGAUGUGAAUAUACUAGUCAAGCUUUACAAUUUGAAGAACUAUAACUACCUCCUGAAAAAUGAAUUUUAUACUGACAUAGCUCCAGCUCUGACAUCAUACAAGGAAGGAACAAAAACGUUAAACAAAAAAAAAAAGAAAUACUUGUUUAUAGAAUUUAAGCAAUUCAUUUUGAAGAAAAUAAGAAUAGAAAAUCUGAACGAUUUACAUAAGAGAUAUGAAAUCAACGAUGCAGUUAUCUACGGCUUCUUAAAUGAGCAUUUAAUUGAUGACGUGGAAAUCUACGCCGAUUAUUUUGUUAAGAAAAAUUUAGACACAAGAACUGUGAUAAGGAGUAUUUACAACCACCUUCAGUAUGAUUACGAACACAACAAACAAGACUCCGAUGGCAAUAAUGUCAACAUCUCUCUCUUAAAAAAAUUAUUAUAUUUGUAUUCCCAUAUCAGCUUUUCCGACAUCGAGAAAGUGAGCAAAAAGUUUCACAAGAAUUUCGAAAAAAUUGAGAUAUUAUAUUUUAAUUUUAACAAGGACAAGACGUACAAAAAAAUAUACGAAAAGAUAAAAAAGAAAAAGGAGGGGGCGAAAAGCGACGAGGGAUUUGAAAAUGGUGGCAGCAAAAUAAAUAUAAUCAAGUUUAACCACGAUGGUGGGAAAAAGAAACCCGACAGAAAUUUUAAGGAAGUUAUAAACCUCUCGUACUACGAUAUUUUUUUAUUACUUCAAAAUAUAUACCCGGAGACGUUUAAAAAGAACGAAAUAAUACUUCUGUUUUUGUUCCUCGACUUGUACGAGUUAGUUACAGUGGAGGAGUCGACCAUGUUCGACUGCGUUUCUUUUAAACUACACUUGGACGAAUUAGUAAAUAUAAAGAAAAAUUAUUUUAUAUGUAAGUACAAACAUAUCGACUGGUUAUCUAACCUAAUCGAUAAGGACAAAAAUGCCUUUUCUCUUAACAUGUUUAUUUUGAAUGAUAAGGUAAAUCUAAAUGAUGAGAAGACAUUGUAUCAUUUGUUUUCUGGAUGUAAAGAUAACUACUGGAACAACUGUAAGGACGUUUUACUAAAAAUAGAAAAGUACUAUGACGAAGUCGACUAUAUUAUUGCCACUAAUAACGAAAGGGGAAAUAUUCCUUAUAUAUUAAACUAUUUCAAUAGAGUUAAGAAAAAAAAAAAAGCUAAUAUUUUGGAGUCUUUAUAUGUAUUAAAUAAAUACACUUUAUUCUUACCCCCGUCAACGGAUUACAUGAAACUAAGUGAUGAAGAUGAGGUUCGGAAACUACUAGAUGGUAUUAAUCAUUCUGAGAAGAACAAAAUUAAUGAAAUUAUUUUGUCUCUUAAGGAAUAUUGCAAGACGGGGGGGAACAGCAACAACCCGGUUAAGCACCCCGCGGGUUCGUUUCCAGAGCUGGACUUCUAUCGAUCAAAUAAUUAUUAUAUAUUUGUGAGUAGGUGUGGAAGCAAAAUAAUAAACAUAACGUCAGGAUGUCUACUUAACAAUAUUGACUUUUACUAUAAAACGAAAUAUUUCAAUUUUAAAAAUAUAAUUCUUCAAAGCGACAAUGAAGAAACUAAGCACUUUCUACUUUACUUUUUUUCCUCCAUAAUUAUUUUCAAAUAUUACGAUAAAAAGAUUAUACAUAACAUAUUAGUGCUGACGAAAUCGUGUUCUUGCCAUGUGUCAGUAGAGGACAACAUCUAUAGAGAGGUGUAUAACCACUUUAAAUUCUUAAACGAAAAAGAUAACAGUGUGAGUAUUUUUAAAAAGGGAAAUGUGUUUGAUGAAUAUAAAGAAGAAAUGAAAGCAUCCAAGAGGAAAAAAGGAUGUCAUAAAAAAUAUUUAUUGUUGACAAAACAAAUGUGUUCAAAGAAAUGUAUUAACAUUGAUCAUAAUUUAGUCCUUUGGGGUAUUAACGAUAUGUGUUUAUGUGUACUUUAUAAAAUCCUUGUAAACAAUGAGUAUAUAUUUAAUAAUAUAACCCUCAUCAUAGCAUACAGAAAUAAGCAUUUCAGUAGAACUAGCAGUUAUAGUGGCAGUAGAAAUGGUAGUGGUAAUUACAAUAACAUUGCAAGUAAUGAUGACGAUAGCAGUAUGGAGGAAUACGACUCCAUAAAGAGCUACUCGCUCGAAAGCUCACUUAUGUACAGGAAAUUAAAAAAUAUUAUGUUAAAGCAAAGGAUAAAGAUAUUAUAUGAUGAUGUUUAUAAUAUUGAUAGAGAAAACAAAAAACUUGAACUAAAUAACAACAAUUUUGUAUUCUAUGAUUACCUCUUUAUAUGCUUUGACAAAGAAGACAUCACUACUUACUCCUUCAAUUUAAAUAGCUACGAAGCGGGUAAAAAAAAAAAUUAUAAUUUUAUUGAACACCACCAACGGGUCAUGUACGCAAAUGAGAAGUUGGACUUCCUGGUUAAGGCCAAGGACUACGAAAAGUACGAAGAGUUCGAACAUCCAAGGGUUAGCGAUGGGACUAGAAGUAAGACUGGCCGUAAUAAUGAUACCAAAAGGGAGAUGUCAAAGGCAAAGCCUCACAGCUCACCUCACUGCUCACCUCACUGCUCACCUCACUGCUCGCCUCACUGCUCGCCUCACUGCUCGCCUCACUGCUCACAUGAGAGCUCCAGCUGUGAUUCGAACGAAGCGGACCAGUUUAAGGGCAAAUUUAAGGGUGUCCAGGCAAAUUACGCGGAUAGGGAAUACAAUAUGAAUGAGUUAAAUAAAAAGGAAAAAAUAAAAAGCAAUGCAUGCAAACAUAAAAGGAAAAAUAAAGAUAGUAACUGUGCCCAGAAGAUAAAGUCUAACGAAGAAGAUGAGGAGGAGGUGAGACAAAAAAGAAUAAAAAAAAAAAAGAGAAGAAAUAAAGGAGAUGAGUUAAAGGAAAACACAGAGGAGGGAAACACAGAAAAGGAGUACUCUAGUUACUCCUCUUUAUCAUCUAGCUGUCUACGGACAAGUGAUACGAGUGAUAAUGAUGAUGAAGACAAAGGGAAGAAGGAGGAGGUACGUAGCGAUGCCAUUGUGCAGAAUGACAACAACAACGAUAACAAUGUGGUUGAAAGAAAAAGAGGAAAAAUGGAUGAGAUUGACAAAGGGUUCAGCAGAAAAGGUACCACCAUCAACAGCUUCAUAAAAAAUAAUAUACAAAGUGAAGUACAAAAUGAGGAGAACAGAAACUGUAACAAGAUAAAGGAAUCAUAUGCUACCCGUACCCAUUUUAAUAACAAGAAUGAUGAUAUGAGUAGCGAAAAGGAAAGCAUGUCAUACGGACACGAGGAAAAAGCUAAGAAAAAAGAGAAGGAAAGGGGGUUGGAACUGGCACAGGAGGACGAGAAGGAGAAGGAGAAGGACAGAAAUGGGGAGGAAAAACUUAAAGACGGAUGCAAGGAAAAAAUGGACGGAACCAAUAUGAACGUACACAGAAAUGUUGAUGGCGUUUUUAGCAUUAGCGAUCCUUUUCUUGAAAAAUAUUUUGACAAAGCAAGUAAAUAUAUGAAUAUUGUAAAAAAUUGCGUUAGUUAUAUUGUUAUUUACAGCAAUAAUAUGAAUAUGUUUAAUAUGGUUAAUUUCUUUUUGAAGAAUAACACAAACACAUAUAAGCUAAUCAUCAUUUCUCCAUAUACAUGUGAUGUAUGUGACAAGAAAAUAGUCAGGAAGAGAGUAAAGGGGGGUGCAAGGAAAAAUACACAGAAAAAUAGUCAUAAUAGUCAAAAUGGUCAAGAAAUUUUCCAGGAAAAUAGUCAUCAUUGCCAGGAAAAUAGUCAUCAUUUCCAAGAAAAUAGUCAUCAUUUCCAAGAAAAUAAUCAUCAUUUCCAAGAAAAUAAUCAUCAUUUCCAAGAAAAUAAUCAUCAUUUCCAAGAAAAUAGUCAUCAUUUCCAAAAAAAUAGUCAUCAUUUCCAAGAAAAUAGUCAUCAUUUCCAAGAAAAUAAUCAUCAUUUCCAAGAAAAUAAUCAUCAUUUCCAAGAAAAUAAUCAUCAUUUCCAAGAAAAUAAUCAUCAUUUCCAAGAAAAUAAUCAUCAUUUCCAAGAAAAUAAUCAUCAUCUAUCCAAGAAAAUAAUCAUCAUUUCCAAGAAAAUAAUCAUCAUUUCCAAAAAAAUAAUCAUCAUUUCCAAAAAAAUAAUCAUCAUUUCCAAAAAAAUAGUCAUCAUUUCCAAAAAAAUAGUCAAAAUUUCCAGCAAGAUGGCCCCCAAAACAUCCAGAAAAACAUCAGCGACGACAGAACUUCGCUAUUGUAAACACAGGAAAGUAGACAAAUCUAUCUUUAAAACGUACAAGUAUCUUUGUAAAAACACCGUUUUAAUUCCAUGUAGAGUCUUGUUGUCAUCCUACAUAUUUGACAUAAGUAAUCAUUUGCACUACAUUCUCAACAAGUCCUCAAUCGUGUACAAUCAAUACAUAUGCGUCAACCACAAUUUCCAGGUGAUACACUGCAAAAAGGGGAAAAAAACAAAUGACAAGUUUAUUUUCAGCGCGGGGGAGCUGUGCUCCUUUUCAAAUAAAUACAGAAUAAGUAAAGAUAACAUGUUAAAUCAUGAACAUUAUAGCAGUAUUGAAAUAGGAAAGCUGGUUAGCAAGCGUUUUCUAAGAAUAGCAGUUGAUCAAUGCUCCUUAUCUUACAGUAUUUUUAACUUGAAAAAUGGAAAAGAAAAAAAAGGAGGAAAAGAAAGGGAAGACAUGAAGGGGGUAACUAAACCAAACUUAAUGGACGAAUUGAAGAAGGAAAUCAAGACGGAGACGAAGCAAGAAUUGGAGGAAGUGAAAAAUGAAAAUAUAAAUAACAACAUUCAUCUUUAUAAAAUGCUGAAGGUUUUUGAUAUGCCUGUAGUAUAUUUUAAUAGUCUUCCAUGCAAUUUGUACUUUUAUCAUUUCCAAGCUUCAAUUGGUGACUUGUACAAAUUUCAUGAUUCAUCCAUAGCACAGAAUGAGGAAGAAUAUAAAAACAAUCAGAGUGGAAGAGAAGUAUACAAUGAAGCAUUUUUUACAGACACAUUAAAAAUAAGUGUAAAAAAAGAAAAGUACUUAAGUGAAUUCUUUAAUGUUAAGUAUUUCCAGGCAUCACGAAAUAUUCAUACGGAAGGGUAUUAUUGCAAAGUUACAACUAACUCGUUUAACUUGAUAAACUCAUUCACUUACCUGGGCUCUGAAAAGCUUAACUUCCAUAAUCUGUACAAACUUUGUAACAUGUCCAUAAAUUACUUUUACGUAAUCCUUAAGGGCAUAAAAAAUGAGCCACAAUACGAUAUUUUAAAUUUACUAAAUGAAGAAAGAGAUAAGUCCAUUUUUCACUACAAAUUUCAAAUGUUUAAGGAAAAGCUCAAAAAAAAAAUGAUCAACUUGCCACAAAUAAAGGAGGAUAUAAAACUGUUACUAAAAGACACAGCUUCAUUUAGGAAUUACGUAAAAGAACAACUAUUUAAAAGGGAAAAUAAUUUAACGAAAAAUAUUAAAGAAAAUGUCCAAGUACAUUUGGUUGAAUAUAUUAAGGAGAACCACGAACUGCUCAAUGGAUAUUACUUACCCAAUUAA